UGCAGCAUCAGCACCUACCGUCCAAGUUUCAAUCUGUCUGUCGAACGCUUGACUGGCAUCACCCUCGUUUGGCUGGCCUCGCAUCCCGCUCCAAGAUCACCAAUUCGCUCGCUCUAUCUAUCGUCUGCUUUUUCUACUCGUGGCGUCUGGCGUCUCGUCUCCUCGCAGGUUGCGAUUUCGACCUGUUGUUUACUUGCGCUCACAGCAUCACCACUCGACAGAUCCCAUCGUCGUUGCGCAUACUCGACACCAGUGCUGAUCGAUCCAGCAUCACCAUGAUUGAUUGCCACUGAUACGCAUCACUUUCUGGCUCCUUGGCGCAAUGGCGCUCAUCAACCCACCCCCGCCAACCCUGUCUGCAGACAAUCUCUCCAUCUUCUACACUACCGAUGAACUAUUGUCCGCCUCUCCGACUCUUGUCCUGCACGGCCGCUCAGCAACCGCAUCGGCGAUUCCGACCAAUUCGCGAAUUCAAGUUCACAUAUACAGCCCAGCUGGAUUCCAAUCAUUCCCUCGCCUCACAGUAGCCCCGAGCUCCCCAUUAUACGCGGCCGUUGACUGUUUGGCAAGGGAGGAACAAGGGGACGAAAUAUGCAGAGGUCUCGCGUUCAGCUUAUACAAAUACUUCAGCGAGCUUUCAGAUGGCGUCAAGAACACCUGGGAGACGAGAGCGAAUUCUUUUGGUCAGCUCCCGUCUGCGCCGAAGCUGUUCUCUGACGCCCAUGCUGCGAUUCUUGCAAGCCGCAUGGUCAAGAUCGAGAAUCCCGCUCAUGUCAUUGAGGAUAUCAAGCAAUCGCUAGCACAACAGACUAUAUCAUGGAUCGACCUCGACAUUGUUGUGCCAGCGGGGUCGAUGAGGCAACCUCCAGAGAACAUGAGGGAGUCUGAUCUGUUCAAUGCUAGUGAAGAAGAUACAAUAGAUCAACGUUACGGAGACAUUGCGCCCUGUGUCAGACUUUUCGGACAAAGCGCAUUCUUGCCUACAUCAAAGUUGAAGAGAGCCCCGUCUCGACCGACGAAUCUCAAUCGCACAUUGGCGUUUACCAAGAAGCAGAAAGAGAACUUGAGGCGCGAGAUGAUUGAGUUACUAGACACCGAGGAAAGCUAUGUGAGCAAAAUCUAUGACCUUCUUCACAGCGUUGCCGAGGACUUUAGACAAAAAGCGAAGAAGAAAAGUAUGAGUAGCGGAAGCCCAAGCGAGCAGGCCUUGAAAGGAUUGUUCCCACCCAGUCUUGACCAGAUACUGCAAGUCAACUCAUCGUUUCUUGAGGUGAUUCGCAACAUUCUAGACGCAACGGAAGACGAGGCUAUUCAUGACCUGGAGAACACUAGCGACGACCCUGACGUCGUCUCUGCUGUCGACCCAAAUGGACCGGAUGUUACUGGAGCCGUCACUUUGGCCAGAAGCCUUGUUGAAUGGUUUCCCAGAUUCUCCGACUGCUACACGCAAUAUAUACAUGCUCACGCUGAAUUUUCUGGAUUCCUACGAAUUUUUCUUAGCGAAACAGGCUCUAGCUUUUCCAGGCGUGUUCAAGAAACCGGCGAGCAGCGAUUGAUGUCAAUGCUCAUAGAGCCGGUACAGCGUUUACCACGCUACAACCUUUAUAUUGACAACAUUGUCAAGCAACUUCCAGUUCGCCACCCUGCAUUGAAGCCGUUCCUAAAGGCGCGGGACAUAAUCUCGGAAAUAUGCUCGCGAGAGUCUUCAGGUUCACAGCAAGUUAAGAUCAUGAACAAUUUGCGACGAUCUGUAGCAUCCUGGCCUGUUGACUUCCAAGCACGCGGCCGUUUCAUCACAGCUGUUGAUGUGACAGAGUUGGCACCUCCAUAUAGAGUAAAAUUCCAAGGCGUUGGCGCCGAUCCCGGUAUCUUUCUGCUAUUCACGGAUUGUUUAGUACUGCUUCGAAAGCUGUCCAGACGGAAUACAAAUGCCCGGAGCUUGAUCGCUGAGCUUGAAGGUUCUUCAGCAAUGGAGAUCGACUCAGAUGGUCGAAUGCAGCCUGAUCUUGUAUUUCAUGAGCAAUUCAGCCUCAGCGAGCUUUCCAUUAGUGAAGCUAACGACGGAAGAGUCUUACAUCUACAAAGCAGCCGCACCAAGCCUGAUCAUGAGGUGCCGAGGGUGUUCAGCCUUUCAAUGGCUUAUGAAGGUAGAGCCGCCAAGUUCUCCGAAGAGUUUGUCAAAGCGAGAGUGGAGGGUCGGUUCCCAGAAGCAGAGCGUGAUAGUUACAAGUGGGAGGUUCGCUCUGUACCGGGAGAUCUUUCAUUAUUUCCCGCGAUCUCCGAAGAUCUCGCAGGGCAUCGUCCGUCUGGCCGACGACUACCUGCGCCUAUCAGAGUUUACAUUGAUCCGUCAAAAUUCUCAGCAACUGCAAAACCGGGUGAUCUUGGUAUAGAGGUGGUAUGCAGAUUGUCCAUUCUAGGCGAGAAUUUCUAUCUGCUGGACAUCACGGGCACAAAUGAUUACGCGAGUCGGGAUCGGCUAAGUUCUACGGAGUUCAUGCCCGUGUUUACGAAGAGAUUGAGCAAUUUUUUCCAACUCCGCAAUCAGAUCCGUAAUCCUGCGAUGACAUCCCUAUUCCUCAUGAGAAACCAACAGAUUCUAUCUAGCCUGAACGUAAUUCUACCAGGUGUAGAUCCAGAACCUUCCGGCGACAAAACUUUCCGCUCAGCUUCUCCCGUGAAGAUGCUCUCCAGUUUUUUCAGCGGAACUUCCAAAGACUCCAACUCCUUCCGAAAACAACGACCUAUGUCUACUCUCGGCGAUGCACCUCGACUUCUCGCGCCAUCGUCUUCUAGGCCUCAGAGUCGGGACAGACCCCUGAGCCGAGACAGGCCUGAAAGCCGAGACAGCGAGUCUACAUCUCGUCCCCAGUCCGCCGGAGUAGGUACGGUCAGUAGCACUCCGACGCGAACCGCUGAGUCUAUGUCGAAACUGGAAGAUACACUUUGUGCUUACCUCUUGGCUCUACAUUCCCGAAAAGGAAACGUUGUCGGGAAGAACAUACGUAACCGAGCCACGGCCGAUGAGCUUGUAGUGAACGAACUAUACAAUGCAUUGCUUGAAGACCCUGCUAAUCACCAAGCUGCAGCUCACGCCUCUGUGGACGUCGUAUUUUCUGCCUUCGAAAAGUUCGUCAAGAUAGCAUGGAAGGAAAAGAUGGGCCCGGUCGUUGCUGGACCCAUACUGAUUGCCUUCCAAUCAAAGUCGGAUAGCUCGUACCCUGGCGAAUUUGAAAGCUACUUCAGACAGAUUUUCAGCGAUAUGUCACCGCCGAACCAACGAGCCUUGCAGUCUAUCGUCAAGCUGCUAGCGGAUCUGCUUGAAGGCACAGGCAACGACGGUGAUCGAGGCAUACUCACUGCUUCCUUUGCGGAAAUUCUAGUGACAGACGGCAAUGCAAACGACUUCAUCUCGCUCUUGGAUCGUUUUGUGGAGGAUAUAUAUCUUCUGUUCGCUCCAGAGCCAAGCACGCCUCUACACAGCUCUAUCAGUUCCGAGACGCGUAUCAGGCUCGCUCAUACCGGGUCCCUGAGCUCUAAUGCUUCAUCACUUCGAAAGAAGUUCGGUCUUGGUGGUUUGACCCGCGAAAAUAGCAAGUCAGACCUCGAAUCCAAAUUCGGAUCUGUCUUCCGUACUUUAAGCAAGACUGCGCGUGGAGAAAGCAGUCGCAAUGACCAGACCCAGCCUGCAGGCAUGUCCAGAGCCUCACUUGUACGAUCACGUUCGACAGACACCGACGCGCGUGUUUCACCGAAAAGACCAGUGUCUCGGGACCGACCUACUGUUCUGGGUGCUUUCGCAUUCGAGGACGAUACAUCACACUCGGGCAGAAGCUUUUUAGGUGUCUCUGGGCUGGACACUAUCGGCGAGGUGCCAAGUGCCCACAAGCAUCCACGCAAGAAGCGAAGGAGUUCUUUGUCGGAUUUGAAACCCCUGCAGUGCCCUGCGCCUGGAACACCGACAUGGUCACCACAAACACCUCGACGUCCCACGCAUGUUCGCCAGACGAGCGCGUCGCCUUCCACCCCAACACGUACCCCUAAGACUUCGCAUAUACCGGAACCAGUACCGACGCCUUUGACUAGGAGUAGUUCGCCAACAAAGGAGAACGGUCCUCCUAGGACACAUCGCGGACACUCUCCUCUGAAGACACCCAUUCCCGCAGCUACAAGCGAUGUGACCAUAAUCAGCCGCGGCCCCAGCAAACGCCGUAGCGACUCUGUCUCAGGCAUUCCAAUGUUGAAGACCAGCUCAACCGCCCCUCCUAUCCUCUCUGAGCGUCCUAGCUCUGGCAAUACGCCCAAGGUGUCUUCAACCACCAAAGUUCCCACCGCUACCGGGAGAAAGCCACCACUCUCGUCUUCUCCUCCGAAGAAGCUCCGUAUGCAGUCCCCGCAGAAACUCCGUGAGCGUCUACAAAAAGAGCAAAACGCAAUUGCUACAUCCUCGCCUAUGCUUCAGGCGGAAUUGUGUAAGAUUGGCGAUGAGAUUGCCGCGCAGGCAAGCUUGAGGAGUGCUUCACCUGUUCGGGCCUCUCGCUCGAACACUGUACACUCUUCUUCGUCCAAGUCGUCAAGUCUUACUCCAUCGAUUGCCUCUAUGGGCCCUCUCAUCGGCAGAGUCACAACUCUUGAGUCUAGACUUAGCACACUAAUUAGCGAGACAGAGUCUCGUACCAAGGCCAUCGGCGCUGAUCUCUCCAGUAGUUUGCAAGUCAGUGAGACGAAGGCGCGCAAGCUGGAUGAGUUGUAUAGAGAAGCAAAUGCGGAGAAUGAGGCGCUCUAUGCGAAGUUCAACGAUGAGUUGAUAAAGGUCGUAAGAAAUGUCAGGGGUGGUGAUGGUGUUGAGGAGCUGAAAAGACUGCUGAAGGCUAGCCAAGAGGAAGUUGCUGUUCUGAAGAGGGAGAGUAGCCGACUCAAGAGGGAGAAUGUAGGCUUAAGGGCGCAGCUAAGAGAGUAAUGCUGGUGGCUGUCGACUCACGAUGGAUUCAGCGUUCUGUUGUCAUUGUGACUCUGGGUGAUCAUAAGCCCCUCUGGUGCGCCCGAGAGACUUGGGCAAAUACAGGCGUUAUCAUCUACUUCUUGUAUCAUACUUCGGGUAUAGACUCUCUCACAAAGGGCGCCGGGUGGUGUAAGGAGGUUUCUGUCAGCAUAGUUAUGAUGACCCAAGCGAAUGUAUCCUAGGUAUGGAACGUUAUGAAUGCAUGAUUUUCAUUGCUGCCGCACAUCU